AUGCCUGCAAAACGUAAAUGUCCGAGCUGUGGGUCAAAAAGAUGGCGCAAAAUUCCACAAAGCGGACAGAUAUCUUGUGUGGUAUGCCAUCUAGUACAGGAGUACAGAAAUGAGACUUAUGAAGGGGUAGGAUUUGGACCGCACACAAUGCGGAAGCGAGCUCUGAAGUCAAAAAAGAAAUUGAACGAGAAGAGGAGCUCCGCAAACCCCGUUUUGUAUCACGGGGACCGCGCUCGAUAUCACUACUUUGAAUGCCUACAGGUCUUGCUUCGCAUGCAAAUUAAGAAGUUAACCGAGCUGUGGAACUUACCCCCUGAUUUCGAGACUAUUUGUAGAGAUACUUGGGCAUUGCAUCUCAGUUUACUUUCGUCCCUACCUCCGCCGGAGCCGUACUUACAUACAGAAGAACAGUAUGUACGGCACCAGACUGAACUGCCCGGGAAAGGAAAGGAAGAUGAAAUUACGCAGAAAGAAGAAGAGCACUCUGGCGACGCGGUCACGAGUAGCUCAGAUGCCGACUCUCUCGCCUCCCCUGACGACGAGGGUGAAGACGCCACAGAUGAGAGUAUAGAUGAGAAUAUGUCAGAGCUUUUGCGCGAAGCUUCUGAAACCGACUCGUCUGAAUCCGGCGGGGAGGAACAAGGCCCGUCUUUACAGGGAAAAGGAACAUCACGCAAGCCCAGAAAGGUUUGGCGUAGAAACGAUUCCCCAGCUGCAACCAUUAGCGUGCUUGUUCAUUCAUGCUGGAUAAUGCGUAUACCCGUCAUGUACAAAGACAUUAUAAACCUCAUAGAGACUUACACUCUACCAUACCUGGACCCCAUUCGGCUCUUGCCUGCGUCACUGACUCGUCAUCUGACGAAGCAUACAAAACAAGCACUCUCACCGCAUCGCUCACCAACUCCUGUUUUUCUCCACGCGAUUACUUCUCGGCUUUCAAAGUUAUGCUUCGAACGGUAUGGGAUAUACACGCCAGAAUUGAAUACGGCACCAAUUUUAUGGCGGACUGUAUGCCAUAUGGCUGGGACGCUUACCCUUUAUGCUAUUUCAAAGGGGCUGGCCCGGUAUUUAGAGCUCCCGUUGACACUCAAUCCAGCCAUGGCUCCGCCAGUGUUGAAGCGGUUUAAAAGGGACCCGACAUCGCACAAGAGUGAUAAUAUCCCGCCUGAAGUGGCACUUGUUGCAACGGUCGUCAUUGUUUUAAAAAUAAUUUAUGGACUCGAUGGGAAAGAAACAAGAUACCCUAUGGAAGAUUGGGAUCCAGCGUGGACGAUGCCCGGACUUGAUUUAUACUUGGAUCGGCUGCGGGUUAUGGACACCUCGGACUUCAAAGCUAGCCGAGGUGUAUUCUCGCCGGAUGUUAGAGCUGGCGUGCAAGAGGAAGACGAGGAGAAUCUAGAUGCAUACCUCGUCUUCUGCGAACGUGCGUUGCUAGACGAUGCUGUAAGCGACAGCAAAGCAGUGGAAGAGUACUUCCCGCUACAGAAAUGCAUGGAACCUGCUGAACGAAAUGGAUCAGUCUUGGGCGCCAUUCAUGCCACAAAUCAGCCAAGCAAUGAUGAGAGUCAACGCGUGUUGGCCGCAGUAAAUACGGUGAGCGGUGAAGCGAAGUCAACUGAGAACACGGUGCGGCCUGGAGAGUCGCAUGUCAUCUAUAGUGCGCACGACGUUUUCGGCAUGCUGCCGGAUGCCUAUGAGGAUGUGCUGAUUCGGGCCGCGCACUGGACCGGUGUCAAUGUGGAUGACCUGAAUGCAGUGAUCGAAAGAUUUGAACGUAGGUUAGUCCGCCUAUGGAAACGGAGUAAGCGACGGCCCAGGAUGAGGACUGCAGUGGAUGCGGCGGCGGAGAGCGACAGUAGUGGGGAAUACAGUAUAUGA